AUGGCACUGCAAAAACUUCAUUUCGAAACUCUUCAACUUCAUGCAGGACAAGAACCAGAUCCCACAACAAAUGCAAGAGCUGUACCAAUUUAUGCUACAACUUCAUUCACUUUUAAAAAUGUUGAAAAUGCAAAUGCAAUAUUUAGUAUGAAGGAAACUGGACAUGUUUAUAGCAGAAUCGAUAAUCCUACAUUAAACGUAUUUGAAAAAAGAAUGGCAGCACUUGAAGGAGGUGUCGCAGCUCUUGCAACAUCUUCAGGACAAGCGGCGCAAUUUAUGGCAAUCAUGAAUAUUUGCGUUGCUGGUGAUAAUAUUGUUUCUUCAAGUUAUCUUUAUGGUGGAUCUUACAACCAAUUUAAGGUUACACUUCCUUGUUUGGGAAUUAAUGUGAAAUUUGUUAACGGUGAUAAUCCCGAAGAUUUUGCAGAAUUGAUCGACGAAAAUACUAAAGCUAUUUAUUUUGAAUCUGUGGGAAAUCCAAAAUUUAACAUUCCAGAUUUUGAAGCAAUCAGUGAUAUUGCACAUAAAGCAGGAAUACCAGUAAUUGUGGAUAAUACAUUUGGAGCGAGAGGGUAUUUAAUUCAACCAUUUAAGUACGGAGCAGAUAUUAUAACUCAUAGUGCAACAAAAUGGAUUGGCGGCCAUGGUACAACAAUCGGUGGAGUGAUUAUAGAUGGUGGUAAAUUUCCAUGGAAUAAUGGAAAAUUUCCGAUGUUUACAGAUCCUUCAGCUGGCUAUCAUGGCAUCAAAUUUUGGGAUGAGUUUGAUAAUAAAUCAUUUAUCAUUAAAGCACGUUUAGAAAUAAUGCGAGAUGUUGGUGCAUGUCAAAAUCCUUUCGGGGCAUUUCUUUUAUUACAGGGUAUUGAGACUUUAUCAUUACGUGUACAAAGACAAGCGGACAAUGCUUUAGCAUUAUCCAAAUGGUUAGAAAAACGGGAAGAAGUUUCUUGGGUUUCUUAUCCUGGACUUGAAUCUCAUCCUUACCACGAAAAUGCCAAAAAAUAUAUGAGAAAUAGAUUUGGUUGUGUAUUGGCCUUUGGAAUGAAAGGUGGAAGCUGUUAUUUGGCGAAUGUAGGAGAUGCAAAGACUUUAGUUAUAAAUCCGGCAGCAACUACUCACCAACAAUUAACUGAUGAAGAACAAAUAAUUACUGGUGUUACAAAAGAUCUUGUUCGUAUCUCGGUAGGUUACGAACACAUUGAUGAUAUAAAACAUGAUUUCGGAAUCGAUCAACCAUUUCAAUUCGAAACUUUACAACUUCACGCGGGUCAAAAACCAGAUUCUGCAACAAAUGCAAGAGCUGUACCGAUAUAUGCUACAACUUCUUUCACUUUUAGAAAUGUUGAAAAUGCAAAUGCAUUAUUUAGUAUGAAGGAAACUGGACAUAUCUAUAGCAGAAUCGAUAAUCCCACACAAAACGUAUUUGAAGAAAGAAUGGCAGCACUUGAAGGAGGUGUCGCAGCUCUUGCAACAUCUUCAGGACAAGCGGCGCAAUUUAUGGCAAUCAUGAAUAUUUGCGUUACUGGUGAUAAUAUUGUUUCUUCAAGUUAUCUUUAUGAUUUUGCAGAAUUGAUUGACGAAAAUACCAAAGCUAUUUAUUUUGAAUCUGUGGGAAAUCCAAAAUUUAAUAUCCCAGAUUUUGAAGAAAUUAGUGAUAUUGCACAUAAAGCAGGAAUUCCAGUAAUUGUGGAUAAUACAUUUGGAGCGGGAGGAUAUUUAAUUCAACCAUUUAAGUACGGAGCAGAUAUCGUAGUUCAUAGUGCAACAAAAUGGAUUGGCGGCCAUGGUACAACAAUCGGUGGUGUUAUUAUAGACGGUGGUAAAUUUCCAUGGAAUAAUGGAAAUUUUCCGAUGUUUACAAGCCCUUCACCGGGUUAUCAUGGUACGAUAUUUUGGGAAAUGUUUGGUAAUAUGUCCUUUAUAAUUAAAGCCCGUUUAGAAAUAUUGCGAGAUGUUGGUGCAUGUCAAAAUCCUUUCGGGGCAUUUCUUUUAUUACAAGGCAUUGAGACUUUAUCAUUACGUGUACAAAGACAAGCGGAUAAUGCUUUAGAAUUAGCCAAAUGGUUAGAAGGACGUGAUGAGGUGUCCUGGGUUUCUUAUCCUGGUCUUGAAUCCCAUCCUUAUCAUGAAAAUGCCAAAAAAUAUAUGAGAAAUGGAUUUGGUUGUGUAUUAGCUUUUGGUAUAAAAGAUGGUAUUGAAGCUGGUAACAAAUUGAUUGAUUCUCUUAACCUUGCUAGGUACGAUUAUCAUCAUAAUAAAGUGUUGUAUUAUCAUUUCAAUAGAGACGCAAAGACUUUGAUCAUAAAUCCGGCAGCAACUACUCACCAACAAUUAAGUGAUGAAGAACUUAUAAGCGCUGGAGUCACAAAGGACCUAAUUCGUGUUUCUGUAGGUUAUGAACAUAUUGAUGAUAUAAAGAAUGAUUUCGCACAAGCCUUUGAAAAGUUAAAUAAGCCAAAUUCAAACGAUUCAGACGAUAUUAUUUAA